UCUCAAAUUCCCAAUUUUCUUUUUUCUCCUUUAUUAUUAUUAUUAGUUGGUUCUCUCGAGCGGUUCGAGAGGAACGCUUUCAUUUCGUCCUCUUCCUUCUUCGAUCGGAGCGGCAGAGCUAGGGUUUUCGCUGCCGCCGGAACAAUGAGGGAGAUCAUCAGCAUACACAUCGGACAGGCCGGGAUCCAGGUCGGCAACUCCUGCUGGGAGCUCUAUUGCCUCGAGCAUGGCAUUCAGGCUGACGGCAUGAUGCCCAGUGACACUACCGUUGGGGUGGGGCACGAUGCGUUCAACACCUUCUUCAGCGAGACUGGCUCCGGCAAGCACGUCCCCCGGGCUAUCUUUGUCGAUCUGGAGCCCACCGUCAUCGAUGAGGUCCGGACCGGAAACUACAGGCAGCUCUUCCACCCUGAGCAGCUGAUUUCCGGCAAGGAAGAUGCUGCCAACAACUUCGCCAGAGGGCACUAUACAGUUGGGAAGGAGAUUGUUGAUCUGUGCCUCGACCGAAUUAGGAAGCUAGCUGACAACUGCACCGGCUUGCAAGGGUUCUUGGUAUUCAAUGCUGUUGGUGGUGGGACUGGUUCUGGUCUGGGGUCUUUGCUGCUUGAACGCUUGUCUGUAGAUUACGGGAAGAAAUCGAAGCUUGGGUUCACCAUUUAUCCUUCUCCUCAGGUUUCAACAGCAGUUGUGGAGCCAUACAACAGUGUGCUUUCCACUCACUCCCUUCUUGAGCACACUGAUGUCGCUGUGCUCUUGGACAAUGAAGCUAUCUAUGAUAUUUGCAGGAGAUCUCUCGAUAUUGAAAGGCCAACUUACACAAACUUGAACAGACUGAUAUCUCAAAUCAUAUCAUCUCUCACAACCUCACUGAGGUUCGAUGGAGCCAUUAAUGUGGAUAUCACUGAGUUCCAGACAAAUCUUGUCCCAUAUCCUCGAAUCCAUUUUAUGCUCUCUUCAUAUGCCCCAGUUAUCUCAGCUGAAAAGGCAUACCAUGAGCAGCUAUCAGUUCCUGAGAUCACCAAUGCAGUGUUUGAGCCAUCAAGCAUGAUGGCCAAGUGUGACCCUAGACACGGGAAGUACAUGGCCUGCUGUUUGAUGUACAGGGGAGACGUGGUUCCCAAGGAUGUUAAUGCUGCUGUUGCCACCAUCAAGACAAAGAGGACUGUUCAAUUUGUCGACUGGUGCCCCACUGGCUUCAAGUGCGGGAUCAAUUAUCAGCCACCGACAGUUGUGCCAGGCGGUGACCUUGCCAGGGUCCAGCGAGCUGUCUGCAUGAUCAGCAAUAACACAGCGGUGGCUGAGGUGUUUGGCAGGAUUGACCACAAGUUUGAUCUCAUGUACUCUAAGAGGGCAUUCGUUCACUGGUACGUUGGGGAGGGCAUGGAGGAAGGUGAAUUUUCUGAAGCAAGGGAGGACCUUGCCGCCCUCGAGAAAGAUUACGAGGAAGUCGGUGCUGAAGGUGCAGAUGAUGAGGAGGAAGGUGAAGACUAUUGAUAGAGGAGCGUGUGCAUGGACAAAGAUAUAUUGUCAUGUUUUAGGAUCUGUGUUCAUAGGGUCUGUCUCUUGCCCUGCAUAAUUCCUGUGUCCUGUUGUCUCUUGGAUUUCUUUUUCUUGCUGUGAGUUUCGGAGAAAUUGUGCUUUUGUUAUGUGUAUUGUGCUUUUGCUUCGUGUCGGGGGAGAAAUAUUUUUUUCAUCGGUUAUAUUUUUCAUCAUCGCGUUUAUUCUC